AGGCAUCCUGCUAUCAUGGAGAGGCUGAGAGCCCUUCGAGGUCUCUUUGCUUGUGUGGGCUGCAUGCCCAGGCGUACGCUUCGCAGGGAGAGAAGCAGGGUGUCAAGCCCUGUCCCUACCUGCGCUGCGACCUUACUGCUUCAGCGCCUGCAAGAUCAGGAGGGUGACCGAGCGCAGGCGUACGGUGAGCUGGAGAGCGCCCUGUGCCAAGACAGCAGCCGCCCGCCGUGCGGAGUGGUGAACCGGCUGCUGGCAGAGGUGUCCCGGGACCUGACGGCAGCCCAGGGCGUGACCAGCAAUGUCAAGACAGCUGCCAGCAAUGUCCUGGUGGCUCUGGCUCGGACGCACUUCACCUUGGUGAUGGCUGAGCUCCAGAGCCACCUGAAGGCCACGGGGGACAUGUCCAAGGAGUUGGUGCUCAUCACCCUGAGCAAACUCUUCAGCACCUAUGCUCCACAGUGCAUCCCCUUUGUGUGGCUGAUGCUGGCAGGCCUGCGCAGUGUGGUGGGCCAGGUGAAGAGUGGCCAGAUCCUGCGCAUCGCUUGUGCUGUUUUGAAACAGUGGCUGGAUGGAGUCAAGAAUUACUUGUCCUCAGGAAUGCAAUGCCGCUGGAGUGCCAUGGAGAAAGAGCAGAUCUAUGAAAACCUUCAUGAGCUGCUCUUCUCUGUGGUGUGGAACUGGCAAGACUGCCAGGAGGAAAAGGACAAACAGGCCGUCCUUGGGGCUGUGGCUGCCAUGUUGGAGGUUCUCCUGCAAGAGGAGCAGAACCAAGAGCAGGUCUGGGAGCAGCUCCUCUGGCUCGUUCACCCGUGUCAGGAGAUCCAAGACACCUGCAGGGUGGCCAAGAGCCUCACUAUCUUCCUGGAGGCCUUAGGGGGCAUUGAGUCUGUAAUCCCAGGGGACAAGUUUCUGGACGUCACCAGUGCCGUGUUUUACCAGCUCUAUGACGACAGCAAGCAGCACAGCGAGGCUGAUCGUGCACAGCUGACCCACUGCAUCAUGCUGCAGGCCCGGAUCUGCCCAGAGGAAACCAUCCUGUUUCUGCAGUCGCAGCUGGGCGAUGACUGGGAGCCUGGAUGCGUGGCAGCCCUGGGUCUGCUGGGUGCUCUGGCUCACUCUGAUGAGCCCAUGAUGACGGAGAUGCUGCCCCAGGUCGUCGAGGCUGUGCAGCGUCUGUGCAGCGACCCCAGCAUCCGGGUGAGGACGGCUAUUCUGUAUUUCAUCAAGGAUCUGCUCAGUUCUAACACCCGGAGCUGCUCAGCCUGGGAUGUGGUGGGGCACAUCUUCAGGGAGUUCAGCCGCGCCACAGGAAGAAGGGUAAGGGCAGUGGGCAGCAUCUCCUUUUGGAAGACCCGACAAAGAGCAUUCAGAAUAAAACGGAUCCCUACAAAAGAUGAAAACACCCUAGAACAAACAGAACUUGAGUAUGGAGCAUCAGAAUGUAACAGACUAUGCUGCCACCCUAAGGCUCUGCUGAACAACUUGGCAGCAUUUAUACAGCUCUAA